AUGGAUCACCACACAGUAUUGGAUAAAAUCGAGAAACACUUUGAGGAGUAUGGAAAAGAAGCUUGCGAUUUAGCCACCUCAACAUUCUGGAGAAUGAUAGAAAUGGAUUUGUCGGAUUUGAAUUUAGUGUUUGAAGCCAUCCAAAAUAGCAUGGGUCAUCUUGAAGACGCCAUUGAAUAUUACACUUUCAUUCAUACUUCAGAAAGAAAAGCUAUUAAUGAUAGUCUCGAAGAUUUGGCCGAAUCAUUCAGUUAUCUUGACAUGGACUUUGAUCAACCCAUAGAUAAUGAUUCCAAAGUACCAAACUCUUCAAAGGAUAUUCUUAAAGAAAUGGAAGCAGACCCUGAUUUAGUUUCAGAUAGCAUAUUUGAUCCAUUUGUUGAAAAGUGUAAAGAUACUAAUUUAUUUUACAAAGAGCCAGUAGCCAUCAUGAACUCAAAUACCAAUCUAUAUGUGGGAUUGAAGGAGCAAAAUGUAUUAGUAGCUCUCCCUCACUUUUCUGCUGAAAACGAUCUACUGUAUUUUGUAAAUGCUAAUGAUCAAUCAAAAGAUGGUAUUGUUAAAUCUGGAGAUACAGUAUUUAUCUAUUCUUCAAGAGUCCAUAGAAAGUUAGUACUUUCACCAAAUGUUAAUAGAUUUGAAGUUGAGAAUGGCUAUUAUCAAAAAAAUUAUGCUACCUUUACCAUUUAUGGACAAUGUCAUGUUGGAGAAAAUAUUACAACAAAUCAAAGUAUUUACCUCUGUAUGGAAAACAAUAUUGUUGUUAACGUGGAUUAUUUUGGCGAUUGGGGUCUUUUAGUAUUUGCUGGAGACAACUCAUCCCAAAACCCUGCUUUUCAAGUUGUUAAACUCCACGGUAAAGCAAUUCCUCUCUUACUUCCUAAAAAUAUGGUGGUCACUCCCAAUGGUCAAUACAUUCUGUUAUCAGAGAACGGACGUAGAGAGGGUUUAAUCUUCCAGAAACAAGCUCUUGACAUAAUCAAAAAUAUCAAGGAGCCUAUUGGAGCAAUUGUACUUGCUGGAAGAACAAGGGAAGGUAAAUCAUACUCUCUUAGUAGAUUAGUUGGUGAUAAUGUUCCUGCAGAUAGCUUUCAUUUAGGACACACAGUAGAAGCUAAAACAUUUGGAAUUUGGAUAUGGUCAGAGCCAAUUGAAAUGGUCUACGGCAAUCAGAAAUUGAAAGUUUUAUUGAUAGACACUGAAGGUGUUGAUGCAGCAUCUGCUAACGCUUCUGAUGAUAAUCACAUUAUGAUUCUAAGUGUAUUACUAUCAUCUCUGUUUAUUUAUAAUACCACAACUUGUCCUACAGCAAGUAGUAUGGAGACACUUGAAAUUACCACCAGAUUCACUCAAAACAUUCAAUUGAAAUCAUCCAAUCAAAACAAUACGGAGUGCAAUAGUUAUAUGAAACCAAGAUGUAUUUGGUUGUUCAGAGAUUUCAAAUUGAAUAUACCAGCUGAAUUUAAGACUCUUACCUCCUUUAUUUUGAAUAAGGUUUGCAACAAUGAUUCAAGAAAAAAAGUAAUUGAAUCUUUUGAAACUUUUGAUACAUAUCAUAUGGAAGCACCUGCUACAGGUUGUGUUCCUGAUAUUCCAUACGUAGAACAUUUACUGAAUGCUAACUUCAUUAAGGAAAUGUCUACUUUUGUUAACAGUUUCGUUCCAUCCAAUAUUAAACCAAAACAAAAUAUGAAUGGAGGUUUAUUAGAUGGAACUCGCUAUGUUACUUUAAUAUUAUUAUAUUUGAAAACCAUUAAAACACAUGGAAUGAUUCCUAAUAUUGAGGACAAAUUUACAAUGGUAAUUGAAAAUACCUACAAUAAGACAAUUGAAAAAUGUGUAAAUUUAUACGAAAGGGAAAUGAAGAAACAUUUGAACAGUAACAGUAUUUAUGAAAUUUGUGAAAUCCGUAAACAACACACAAAAACAUGGGCAACAAUUCUUGACAUAUUCAACAGAGACUCCAUGUUUGAAAAAGAUGAAAAGAUAUUGAGAGAAUAUUCUGACAAGUUGUUUGAAUUAAUUAAAAAAGAGAGAUCCCAAAUAGAAAGUAACAAUAUGGACAAAUCUGUUAGGUUGUGCGAGCAAGUACGAUCCGAAAUGAAACAAAAUAUAUCACUCUUUAUUAGAGCUUUAACCCACGAUGCCACAGUUCAAGAUUUAGAGAAAGAGGCUGAAAGACAAAUGAAACAAUUCGAAGCUCAAUGCAAAGGUCCAGGUAGAGAGCAAGUUAGAACUUACCUUUUGCAAGAUAUUGAGAAUUUAACUGUCGAAUGUGCUAACUAUUUAUCCAAAUUACAGGAUUACGAAUCCGAAAAGGUAAUACAAAUGUUAGAACAAGAACAACAAAGGCUUGAAAUUACCAAACUCGAAUCAGAACAACUUACUCGUUUACAAGAACUAGAAGAUAUGAAACUGCAAAAUGAAAAACAUUUACAUACCUUAAUAGAGCAGCAACAAGCUCAUGAACAAGACCUCAACCAUUUCAAAUUGGAAUGGGACAAAAAAGAAACAGAAAUUAAGAAAGAAUACUCUUCCCAAGUUGCUCAAAUACAUUCCAAAUAUUCUAAUCAGGAGGAAUUAUUUCAAAGAAAAUUCGAUGAACUAACCAGACAAAAUCAAGACCUCCGAACUCAAAUUAAUAACAUCCCAAGACCCAGUAGCAGUGGAGGUGGAGGAGGUGGUUGUGUUAUCUUGUAA